AUGACAGCGUUGCCUUGUUGGAGCUCAACAGCAGCUUUCAAGUUUGCUUCUAAAAAUCCUUUUGCAUAUCCCAAAGUUUCAUCCUGGAGACUAGAAGGGAACAGAGAUUGCUGCUCAUGGAAUGGCGUAGAGUGCGAUGAUGACACAGGUCGUGUCGUUGCUCUAGACCUUAGCAGCAGUUUCCUUCAUGGUUCUAUAAACUCCACCAGCACCCUCUUCAACCUUACUCAACUUCAAAGGCUUAACCUUGCUGAUAAUGAUUUUAACUUCUCUCAUAUCCCUUCUGCAAUGGGUCAUCUUUCAAGGUUAACAUAUCUCAACCUUUCUCAUUCAUCUUUUUGUGGUCAAGUUCCAUUUGAGAUCUCAGGACUCUCAAAUCUGUCUUUCCUUGAUCUGUCUUACAAUGAUUUGGAAUUGAAGAGUCCAAAUUUGAGUAGGUUGGUUGGAAAUUUAAUAAAGCUGAAACAACUUCAUCUUACUUAUGUUGAUAUAUCCUCCACAGUGCCUAGCUUUUUGGCAAAUUUCUCUUCAUUAACGUCCUUACUUCUAAGUGAUUGCGGAUUGCAAGGUGAGUUCCCAAACCGAAUUUUUCAACUUCCAAACCUACAAGUUCUUAAUUUGAGGAACAACCCUGGUCUUACUGGCUAUCUACCUGAAUUUCACUCUAAUAGUUCUUUUGAGGUAUUGCUACUUUACAACACAAGUUUUUCUGGAAAAAUACCCACUUCCAUUAAAAACCUUCAUUUAAUGCUUCAGUUAGAUUUUGGAGCCUGUAGGCUUUCAGGGUUGGUUCCAUCUUCGCUUGGUAAACUAACCAGGCUUACUUUUUUGGGCCUUUCAGAAAAUAAUUUUGAGGGAAAUCAAUUCCCUUCUUUUCUUCAAAACCUCACCCAGCUCACCACUUUAUGGCUAACAAAAUGUCAGUUAACGGGUGAAAUUCCAGGUUGGCUUGGAAAACUUACCCAAUUAACUGAUCUUGGACUUUAUAUAAAUAAUUUGCAUGGUCACAUCCCAUCAUCCCUUGGUAAACUAACAAGCCUCACCUAUUUGGACCUUGCAGCAAACGAUUUUGAGGGUCAAAUCCCUUCUUUUCUUCGAAACCUCACCCAACUCACUGUGUUAUUGCUUGAUGAUAGUCAAUUCACGGGUGAAAUUCCAUCUUGGUUUGAAGCUUUUACCCUUUUGAAUAAUCUAGAUCUUGGAAAGAAUAAAUUGCAUGGUCUUAUCCCAUCUUCCCUUGGUAGACUAAGUAGCCUCACUUAUUUGGACCUUUCAGCAAACAGUUUCAAGGGCCACAUCCCCUGUUUUCUUCGAAACCUCACGAACCUUGAAUACCUUGCUCUUCAUGACAAUGAAUUGAGUGGCACAUUGAACUUUGACAUGUUUCUUGGCAUGAAAAAUCUAAACACGCUUUUAUUAGGGCGUAACAAGUUGUCUAAACUUGUCCACACUAGCAAAAUGAAUGCGAAUGUUCCAAGGUUCCAAAGUUUAGACUUGAGUUCAAGCAAUUUAACCGAAUUCCCUGAUUUUUUAAGGUAUCAAGAUAGAUUAGAGUGGUUGGCUUUAUACGGAAACAAGAUACAUGGUGAAGUACGCAGAUGGAUAUGGAACAUGAGCACAGAGACAAUGGCCAAUGUGGACAUUUCUGACAACUCCUUGACAGGCUUUGAACAAACUCCAGUUUUCAUCGCUUGGGUUCACUUGAUCAGUUACCGAUUCCUUCACCGUCCAUCUUGGACUACCAUGUCUCAAACAACAAACUGA